UAAUUAUAACUUUGAUGAAACUGUACAGACCACGGAAAUUGAAAUCCCCGAGUAAAAUUCCAAGUGUGAAAUGACGUUACUAAACAUAACAGGAUGGGGGCAUACGCUUCAUUACACAAGGGUUGGGAAUGUGCUAAAUACACCUGCCAAAGGGUCUCACAGUUUUAUUUUUCUCCCUUGACCGUACCAUGCCCCCAUUUAGAUAGGUUUUACCCGAAAAUGUUUUUCGUGAAAACUGUGCUUGAACAAAAUUCAUUAGUGAACAGGAAUGAUUCUAUAUAUGUUGAACAAUGCAUUCAGUACAUAAUAACAGGAGAAAUGCGAUGCACUUAAUUUUUGUAGUUGAUUAUUCAAGAAUUCCCAAGAGGAGUCAUUUGACUAGUAUUGAACUUUAAAUUUUUUCAGGAAAACUGUGCUUUUACAAAAUUCAUUAGAGACUAUGAAUGAUUCUCUAUAUGUUUAACAUCGCAUUCGGGACAUAAUAACACAAGAAGUGCAAUGCACUUGACUUUUGUGGUUUAUUAUUCAAGAAUUCCCCAGACUACUACUAUUAACGAUAUUAAACCUUUGAAAAUUUUUUCCUUGGAAAAUGUGUUUGUACAAAAUCCAUUCGAGAUCAGGAAUGAUUCUAUAUAUGUUGAACAUUGCAUUCAGUCCAUAAUAACAAGGGGAAUGCAAUACACUUGACUUUUUUGUGAUGUAACAUUUUGUGAUGAUUCCGGUUGUGUUAUGAACAGAAUGUCUUUUACUUUUACGAUAGAACCAUGGGUUUUCAUUCUGGAACAAUAUUUUGCUACAAAAUCGUACGCAAGUGUAAAAGAAGUAUUUCAAAAUAAAUUUGUUGGUGUACCUACAGAAAAAAUGUCAAUUUCUAGGUUAGCAGACCGAUUUCGAGAGACAGGUAGUGUUUGUGACAGAAAACGUAGUCGUCGAUCAACUGUCUUGACAGAUGACGUUUUAGAGGAUGUGAAAACAAGAUUGGUGAAUUCUCCACGGAAAAGUUUACGAAAACUUUCCUCACAAGUUGGUCUAUCAUAUUCGAGUGUUCAUAAAGCUGCUAAAAAAUUAAAUAUGUAUCCGUAUUGCAUACGAUUAGUCCAAGAGCUUCAACCUCCAGAUUUAAACAAGCGAUUGCAAUAUUGCCGUUGCUUUAGGUCAUUCUUAAAUGAUAAUGGAAUCGAAUCUUUGAACACAGUGUUCUUUAGUGACGAAGCUUGGGUUCAUCUAGACGGUUAUGUGAACAGUCAAAACUGUCAAAUUUGGGCAACUGAAAAUCCUAACGCUGUUCAGGUAAAAUCUUUACAUCCUGCAAAAAUUGGUGUGUGGUGUGCAAUAUCUCGUCAGCAUAUAGUCGGACCCAUAUUCUUUGAACAGACUGUGAAUGGUGAAGUGUACAGGAAUAUUGUGCGUCAAUUUGUGGCUCUACUGGAACCUCAAGAAAGAUAUUGCUGGUUUCAACAAGACGGCGCUACCUGUCACACGUCUCGAGAAACCAUGGAUUUUCUGCAAGAGUUCUUUGGUGAUGGAAUAAUAAGCAAGGGUUUAUGGCCUCCAAGGUCUCCAGACCUCACAUCCCCUGAUUACUUUUUGUGGGGCUACAUUAAGUCUGAGGCCUUCAAAGACAAUCCUCACAAUAUUGAUGAACUGAAAGCCAAUAUUACAGACUUAAUCACGAAUAUUUUCAAUAUAACUCUGAAAAAGGUAUCUGCUAAUAUGGUGAAAAGAGUCCGAGCGUGUAUAAUCUCAAUGGGUGGACAUUUUGAGCAUAUGGUGUGAUAAUUUUGAGUAACUAAGAAAUGUGAGUAAUAAAAUAUCAAUUUUCUUUUGUAAAUAACAAAUAUUAUUUUUUUAUUAAUACCCAAAUUUCUGUUUAUAAAUUACAUCAAAAAUUGGGUAACAGGACUAAAAAAUCAUCCUGUAUAUAUGUUUACCAAAGCAUUCAGACCAUAAUAACAGGAUGCACUUGACUUUUGUGGUUGAUUAUUCAAUAAUUCUUCAUAGUACCACUAUUACUGAUAUUGAACUACAAAAUUUCUUUCCUUGGGAAAUGUGUUUGUACAAAAUUCAUUCUUGAUCAGGAAUGAUUUCAUAAAUUUCCAUUGCAUUCAGUGCAUAAUAACAGGGAAAAUGCCAUGCACUUGAUUUUUGUGGUUGAUUAUUCAAGAAUUCUUCAUAGUACCACUAUUACUGACAUUGAACUUUGAAAUUUCUUUUCGUGAAAACUGUGCUUGUACAAAAUUCAUUCUAGAUCAGGAGUAAUUCUAUAUAUGCAUUGCAUGCAGUCCAUUACAACAAGAGAAAUACAAUGCACUUGACUUUUGUGGUUGAUUUUUCAAGAAUUCCCCUGAGAACCACUAUUACUGAUAUUGAACUUUGGAAUUUUUUUGUGAAAACUGUGCUUGUACAAAAUUCAUUCUAGAUUAGAAAUGAUUCUAUACAUGUUUACCAUUGUAUUCAGUCAGAGAACUCAGUCAUUGUAUUCAUAACAGAGAGAAAUGCAAUGCACUUGACUUUUGUGGUUGAAUUUUUCAAGAAUUCUUCAUAGUAUCACUAUUACCAAUAUUGAACUUUGAAAUUUUUUUUCGUGAAAACUGUGCUUGUACAAAAUUCAUUCAAGAUGAGGAAUUAUUCUCUAUAUGUUAAACAUUACAUUCAGUUGUGGUUGAUUUUUUAAUAAUUCUUCAUAGUAUCACUAUAACUAAUAUCGAACUUUGAAUUUUUUUCAUGAAAACUGUGCUUGUACAAAAUUCAUUCAGUUCAAGAAUGAUCCUAUAUAUGUUCAACAUUGCAGUCAGUCUAAAAUAACAUGAGAAAUGGGAUGCGAUUUUGUGUUUUUGCGUGAUUAUUCAAGAGAACUACUAUCACUAAUAUUGAACUUUCAAAUUUUCCCGUGAAAGCUGUGCUUGCAUAAUUCAUUUGUGGUUGAAGAUGAUUCAAUAGAACAUGUUUUUGACACAGAUACAGUAUUUUAUUCAUUCAACAUAAUACAAAAAUUAUUUUCACCAUCACGCCUGUAUAUACUGCCUGCAUGAACUGCAGAAAAGAGAUACAAUUGCACAAUAUAAGAAUGAUUUAUCCCAGAAAUAGUUAAUAAACAAAUUAUAUAGUCUGAUGGUACAUUUUGGUAUCGAUAAAAAUUCCAUUAAUUGAAAUGAAUUGUUAGGUCUCAGUUAGGAAAACAAAAAUAUUUGUCACCAAUAGUACUAUCAGUUGAUGAUAUAGAUAAGACAAUAACGACUAGAAAGGCAAAGAUUAUUGAUAACAAUUUGAAAUGAAUAUCGUUUUCUCAAUUAUUUAAUAAAAUAAUAAUAUUGUGUGAAUUUGAAGUUAGGUUCUUUGUAAACAACGCUUGUCGGCAAUAUCUAUAACUCUCUAAGUAGUAUAAAAAGGGCGACUCUGGGGCACAAGUGCCCCAGAAUCGCCCUUCACCUCAAGGUCAUCCAGGUCAACCAAACCUAACCUCAAGGUCAUCUAGGUCAACCAAACCUAACCUCAAGGCCAUCCAGGUCAACCACACCUAACCUCAAGGCCAU